AUGGAAGAUCACAUUGGAACCGAUUGGAACCGGGAUGCGUUGGCGAUCGGUUCUCGGGCACAUCUAGAAGAAGAGUCAACGGCAAAGCGGACAAUCUUCCGUACGAUUCUUAUGUACGGCUUCCACUAUCUCGUGCGGACGUUCGCUGUGAGGAAUAUUCGCGACACACAGUGUGGCUUCAAGCUGAUGACACGUUCGGCUGCCCGGAAGGUAUUUGAGGUCAUGCACGUCGAACGAUGGGCAUUCGACGUGGAGCUACUGUUUAUUGCACAAUCGUACAACAUUCCGAUCGUGGAGAUCGCCGUGAACUGGACCGAGAUCGAGGGUUCCAAGCUUACGCCGUUCUGGUCCUGGCUGCAGAUGGGGCGAGAUCUCAUGCUAAUCUGGUUCCGGUAUGCCAUUGGUGCCUGGCAGCUGAAAAAACAGCAUUCGAAUUGA